CCCUCUGGACCUUGACCCCGCCCCCGGACCCGGGUCGAGGCCCUUAAUUUACCUGGGGGCCCGGGCUUGCUUGUCUGCGAGCGGUGACAGAGCUUCCCGGGGAUCUAGUGAUCACUGGAUUUCAUCGGGUGCUGGGGGCUGGCUCUGAACCUCCUCUCUGCUGCCCACCAUGGCCCGGGGACUGCCCAGCGCUGCCAGCCUGGUGCGCUUCUGCCAGAAGGUGAACCGGGUGAGGCCUCUGGAGGAGACCACCAUGGAGACGUCACUGCAUCGCUGCCUGUCCACGCUGGACCUCACCCUGCUCGGCGUGGGGGGCAUGGUGGGCUCAGGCAUCUAUGUGCUCACGGGCACUGUGGCCAAGGAGCUGGCUGGCCCGGCUGUGAUCGUGUCCUACGCCGUGGCCGCCGUGGCCUCCCUGCUGGCCGCCCUGUGCUAUGCGGAGUUUGGGGCCCGCGUGCCCCGCACGGGCUCUGCCUACCUCUUCACUUAUGUGUCCAUGGGUGAGCUGUGGGCUUUCCUCAUCGGCUGGGACGUGCUGCUCGAGUACCUCAUCGGUGGCGCCGCUGUGGCCCGGGCCUGGAGCGGCUACCUGGACGCCAUCUUCGGCCACCACAUCCGCAACUUCACGAAGACCUACGUGGAUGAAUGGCAGGUGCCCUUCCUGGCCCCCUACCCGGACUUCCUGGCCACCGCCAUCCUCCUUCUGUCCUCCGUCUUGAUCUCCUGUGGAGCCCGCGUGUCCUCCUGGCUCAACCACACCUUCUCGGCCAUCAGCCUGGGCGUCAUCCUCUUCACCACCGUCCUGGGUUUCAUCCUGGCCCGCCCGGAAAACUGGAGCUCUGAGGAAGGUGGCUUUGCUCCCUUUGGCUUCUCGGGCAUCCUAGCGGGCACCGCCACCUGCUUCUAUGCCUUUGUGGGCUUUGACGUCAUUGCUGCCUCCAGUGAGGAGGCCCAGAACCCACGGCGGGCAGUGCCCAAGGCCAUCGCCUUCUCACUGGGCCUGGCGGCCACCGCCUACAUCCUGGUCUCCACCGUGCUGACCCUCAUGGUGCCCUGGCACAGCCUCGACCCAGACUCGGCACUAGCUGACGCCUUCUACCUGCGCGGCUACAGCUGGGCCGGCAUCAUCGUGGCGGUCGGCUCCAUCUGCGCCAUGAACACUGUCCUGCUCAGCAACCUCUUCUCCCUGCCACGCAUCGCGUACGCCAUGGCGGUGGAUGGGCUGCUCUUCCAGGUGUUUGCACACGUCCAUCCUCGCACACAGGUCCCCGUGGCGGCCAUCCUGGUGUUUGGGUUCCUCAUGGCCACCCUGGCGCUGCUGCUGGACCUCGAGGCACUGGUGCAGUUCCUGUCCAUCGGGACACUGCUUGCCUACACCUUCGUGGCCGCCAGCGUCAUUGUGCUGCGCUUCCGGACGGCCUCUCCACCCAGCUCCCCGGGCCCAGCCAGCCCCAGCCCCGGGACCAAGGAGCCCAGCUCCUUCUCCGACCGCCUCCAGCUGGUGGCCCCUGAGCCGGGGCGGUUGCGGCCGGCCCUGAGGCCCUACCUGGGCUUCCUGGACAGGUAUGGACAUGGAACGGCUGUGGCCUGGGCGCUGGGCCUCCUGGUGGCCUCGGCCGUCACCCUGGGCUGUGUGCUGAACUUCGGGGACUCGGUCCUGCACCUGCCUCGCUGGGGCUACAUCCUGCUGCUUCUGUCCAGCGGGGUCGUCUUCCUGCUCAGUCUCGCCAUCCUGGGGGCCCACCAGCAGCAGCACCGGCAGGACAUUUUCCAGGUGCCCCUGGUGCCCCUGACGCCGGCUCUGAGCAUCCUGCUCAACAUCUGCCUCGUGCUGCAGCUGAGCCACCUGACCUGGCUGCGCUUCUGUAUCUGGCUGCUGAUCGGACUCACCGUGUAUUUCACCUAUGGCUUCUGGCACAGCAAGCAGAACCUGCCGGAAUCCUCAGGGCUAGCAGCUGCCCGCUACGUGGUUUUCCCCAAUGGCACUCUGGUAGAGACCGUGCAGGCCGUGCAGCCCCCCUGCCAGCCACCUGCCCAGGAGCCUGGACACACUGAGCAGCCUGCCAAGCCAUGAGGCCGGCCAGGAGAGGGCUUCUUCCAGUGCCUGCCCCUUGUGUCCUGGGCAAGCUCACGGGCCUGCCAGGCCUGCCCGGGUCAGGGAGCCCCAGGACCUUAGGCUUCAGCCCCGGGGCCGAGCUCCAGAUGUUCAGGGAUGGGCCGGGGCCAGCCUGGUGCAGUGGACACUCUGCCCUGCACCUGCCAACUGAUCGCGCCCAACUCCAGGUGAGGGUGGGAAGUGGGCAGGCAGGGAAGGGGCUUGUGGUCCCAGCAGAUCCACAAUAACAGCUACUCAGCCAUCCCCGUGACCUAUGCCGUGUCCGCUGUGGCUUUCUUUGUGGCACUGAGUCCCCACCUGCCCCUGGGAACCAGGUGAUUGUCCCUGAGCCUCAGCAAGGGGUGGUCCGGGACGGUGCCCUCUGCCCAGCUCAGCAAGGAGCCACACACACCCCCUCACACCACCCAACGGGGCCCAGGACAGGACUAGGGUGGGGAUCCAUCCCCAGAUCCAGGGAGCAGAGGCAAGAUCCCAAGGAGGCUGCCUAGAAAAGGCUGUGAUAUCCAGAGAGCACUUGGCUUCCCAGGGCCCCAAGAUGGCACAGCCUGUGCCCUGGGGUCUUAGGGGACGGUGAGUCCCACGGCCACAUGGGGGUACGUGCCUGUGUGGCCCCUGCCCACCUGGGCAGCCCAUAUGUGCCACCCCUGCCCUAAACAGACCAAGACAACUGCUGUUUGCAAACUCGGGCCUGUGUUUCUAUUCUCCCAGGGCUGCAGCUCUCGGCUGCCAUGGUGGCUCUCUGCCCAGCCACUCACGGUUUUUGGGUGAGGGCUGGGAACGGGCACACGUGUGAGGGGCCCCAGUCCUGGGGAAUCUCCAUGAAAGCCCAGGGCCCACCUAUGUCUGUGCUGUGUUCUCCAUCCCCUGCCCACCCGUGCCCUGUAAAGACCACACAGGAAGCUGGUGGCUGUGUCAGGUUUUACUCCCCACCUUCUCCAGCUGUGACAUGAACUUUCUCUGGGACCCACUGUGAUGAUCAGGCCCCAUGGGACCCCUCUCCCACCCCCUUGGCCUGCCUCCCAUGGAGAGUCUCUGGGGGUCGAGGGCAGCAGGGACCCCCAAGGGCAUUGCCGAGUCCCUUGGGUUUGGAUGAUCCCAAAUGCCAGCCCAGCAGGAGCACCAGCCUGGACACAGCUCCGAGGGCAAAUGGCCAGCAUGUCCCCCAGGGCUCCAGGGCCCACGAGGAAGUAACCCCCACGCCAGCCUGGAAGAUUGACCCCCAAACCCCUGCCCACCCAUCCAGGGACCAAGAGGGGCCUGGCCUCUGCAGCCGUGGCCCAGGGAUAUUCUCCAGCAGGCAGGACUGGGUCCCGGGGAAAGUUCCAGAGCUGGAAUGUGACCAGCCAGCCGGGGGGCCAGGCCUGCCCUCUUUUUUUUAAAUCAAAUUCAGUUUUCUUGAGAUUUAUUUACAUAUCAUACAAUCAUCCAUGGUGUACCAUCAUAUAGCUGUGCAUUCAUCACA